UCUUUAAACGCAGGGCGGACAGCAGAUCACCGAUCAUCCAUGAAGCGGAUUACAGCUCCAGUCAUUCAGUCCUGCGUCUGCCUGCUGCUACAUCAUCAUCAUCAUCAUCAUCAUCUCAGCUGAUCCGGAGGAGACUUCCCUUCAGCAGGGAAACAACACCAGCCCUGCCUGAAUGCUCAGCACGGUUCACAUCAUGGAUUUCAACGUCAAGAAACUGGCUUCAGGUGCAGGAGUGUUCUUCACCCGAGCUGUGCAGUUCACAGAGGAGAAGCUGGGCCAGGCUGAGAAGACGGAGCUGGAUCCCCACUUAGAGAACCUGAUCACUCGGGCCGACUCCACCAAGAACUGGACCGAAAAGAUCUUAAGACAAACCGAGGUGCUCCUGCAGCCCAACCCAAUGGACCACACUGGUGCUCGAAUAGAGGAGUUCAUCUAUGACAAGCUGGAUAAGAAGCUUCCCUCCAGGACGACUAACCCAGAGCUGCUGGGCCAGUACAUGCUGGAAGCUGCCAACGAGUUUGGUCCAGGGACGCCAUACGGCAGUACCCUGAUCACAGUUGGAGAGUACCAGAAGAGACUGGGAGGAGCCGAGCGCGAGCUCCUCCAAACCUCAUCCGUCACCUUCCUCACUCCUCUUCGCAACUUCCUGGAAGGAGACUGGAGGACUAUAUCAAAAGAGAGGCGACUUCUGGAGAAUCGACGACUGGAUCUUGACAUCUGCAAGGCGCGCCUGAAAAAAGCCAAGCAGGCAGAAGCCAAAGCGGCGGCUGCACCUGAUUUUCAGGAGACAAGGCCUCGAAAUUAUGUUCUUUCUGCCAGUGCAUCAGCGCUGCAGAGCGGCUGGGAGAGCUGGGAUGUGGCGACCGACCCAAGCGAAUCAGAGCAGAGGAAGCUGCUGAGUGAGGAAGUGGACAAAUCAGAGCACGAGCUUCGCGUCGCUCAGACGGAGUUUGACCGGCAAGCUGAGGUCACCAGACUGCUGCUGGAAGGCAUCAGCAGCACACAUCUCAACCACCUGCGUUGUUUACAGGACUUUGCGGAGGCUCAGGCCACUUACUACGCUCAGUGUCAUCACUACAUGCAGGACCUUCAGAGGGAGCUCAACAAAUGUGCUAAUGCCGUCAGUGCUCCCCACCCAACUGCUGCUGUCUGCCCGGACCCCGUCUCCUCUGCUUUCCUGUCUGGACCUUCAUCUCCUGGGGCCACGGUCUCCUCUUCAUCCAGCCAAAGGCCCAGCACGCUGACGAUGGAGCAGAUGCAGCUUCCUGUCACCGGCACCAGAAAGGCCAAGGUCCUGUAUGACUACGAUGCUCAUGAUGCCAGUGAGCUUUCCCUGUUGGCUGAUGAGCUCAUUACUGUAUACACCGUACCAGGAAUGGACCCUGAUUGGUUGAUUGGAGAACGGGGGAACGAAAAGGGCAAAGUCCCCGUCACCUACCUUGAACUACUGAGCUAAUGGACCACACACAAACACACACACACACACACACACACACAAAUGCACACACUUGUGUGCAUUUAGUACACUUAUUGUAUUUUGAUCUGUGGCUAUCUAAAACACUUAUGCAAACCUGUCUGUUGGGAAAGUUUCUAUAAAUACUGAUGGCUCGCGCGAGGAAGUUGCAACAGUUUUGUGUGAUGUGGCCGUGUGGGUCAUUAUUACAGACUUCCUCUUCUUCCUGUAAUGUGUGUGUGUGAGUGUGAUGAUGAGUUCCGUAAUUUGUUUAUUUCUCUUGAUGGGACUUUUUCUCUUGUUUUUUUCCAUUGGGCUGAAAGUUGUGCUCCUCCCCAUCGUUAGAGACCCGCGAAACCUCCGGUAUCGGCUGCUUUCCGUUAAUUUAUCUCCUGCAGGAGGAGGAGACGGUGAAGAAGAGAGUGAGUGAGAGAGACAGUCAGGGUGUUGUGUUCUUUCUUCCGGUGGGAUUUUGUGUAAUCUUCUUGGGUUGACUGAAAAUAAACACACUGAGUUAAA